AUGAUAGAUGAGCUCGUCUCCCACCCGUCAUUCUCAGAACACCAGUUGAGGGUUACAGAACCUGACUUGUGCGACUCCUCUGUCAAGCAAUACUCAGGGUAUCUGGACAUCGCUGAAGAUAAACACCUGUUCUUCUGGUUCUUCGAGUCCCGCAAUUCUCCGGCGGAUGCACCUCUUAUCCUCUGGCUCAACGGAGGACCGGGAUGCAGUUCAUCAACUGGUCUUCUCUUCGAGCUCGGACCUUGUAAUAUCGCCAACAACGGCAAGAGCGUCACUCACAACCCCUACAGCUGGAACUCCCACGCAAAUAUCAUCUUUCUCGACCAGCCGGUGAACGUUGGGUUUUCCUACGCUGACGACGGCACAACCGUCAGUUCCAGUCCCGUUGCCGGCAAGGACGUCUAUGCCUUCCUAGAGCUCUUCCUUAACAGAUUCCCUAAAUAUUCCACUCAACCAUUCCACCUGGCUGCCGAGAGCUACGGAGGAACAUAUGCUCCCAACAUCGCCAAUACCAUCUAUAAAGCUAACAAGGAGCUUCAGUUAACACCCAACGCUAACUUGAAGCGUAUUAACCUUGCAUCCGUCAUUUUGGCAAACGGACUCACGGACGCGUACACUCAGAUGGGUUCAGUCGCGGACUAUGCUUGUGAUGGCCCUUACCCAGUUUACGACGAUCCGGAGGGGCCCCAGUGCUACGCAUUGAGGUCCAAGAUUCCUACUUGCCAGCGUCUCAUAAAAUCGUGUUAUCAAUUUAACUCCAAGUUUACCUGUGUGCCAGCAGUCCUGUAUUGCAAUUCUCAGCUCUUUGGGCCCCUGAUGCAGACUGGCCGCAACCCAUACGACGUCAGACGCAAAUGCGACCGAGCCAAGGAUGGCGACCUUUGUUACAAGCAAAUGGGCUGGAUUGAAACCUGGAUGAACGAGCCCAAGAACAAGGUUGCGCUUGGUGUCAGCCCAGACAAAACAUUUGCGUCUUGCAACAUGGAAGUCAACCAGGCCUUCACCAUGAACGGUGACGGUAUGCAUAAUAGCGCUCUCCUCCUCCCUGAUCUCAUCAACGACGGCAUUCGCUUGUUGGUCUAUGCUGGCAAUGCUGGUAAACACCUAUUGAACUUUGUUGGCAACGAACGCUGGGUUGAACUUUUGGAAACCAAGUUCAACAAGGAAUUUUCUGAGACCAAAUCCGUACCUUGGUCAACUCUUGACUCUGGCCGCAUUGCUGGAGAAGUUCGCAGCGCGGGUGGCGGCGGUUUCACUGCUGGUAAUAUCACAUACGUCAACGUUCACGAAGCUGGACAUAUGGUACCGUUCGAUCAGCCAGAAGCUGCUUUGGACCUGAUCACGAGGUGGAUUACGGAUGUGCCACUCUCGCUCGAUAAAGCGAUUAAGGAGGCGGCGGCCUCCAUUCCUCCUCUAUAAUAGGAUGAAUUCUACGGCCUGUGAUCAUGUAGCGCGAUGUUUCGGUUUGUAACUAUUUAUCUCACGAUUGGAUAUUCA